AUGCUAAUGCUCAAUGGGUUGGUGAGAAGUAGUUUUCGUAACAGUAUUAAAUGCGGUGUGAAGACACUAGGGUCUGGAUACAGAUCUACGGGUUUUCAGUAUCAGUUAGCACGUUUCCAGAGUGUUAAAAGCGGUAGUUCUGGUGGUAGUGCGCCUGCUGUUUUUACGGAGAAGGAGUUACAAGAGGCUCGAGAGGCCAGGUUGAAGGGUUUGGGCCCAUAUGUGUCCAAGUUACCAGCUAAAUGGAUUCCAUAUGCAGAACUAAUGAGGCUUGAAAAGCCAGUGGGGACGUGGUUGUUGUACAUUCCAUGUACGUGGGCUAUCACGAUUGCUGCUAUUGAGACGCACGCGCCUCUUGGCAGUACUUUGUGGAUGUUGGGGUUGUUUGGUGUUGGUGCAGUGAUUAUGAGAGGAGCAGGGUGUACGAUCAACGACUUGUGCGACAGAAACCUCGACAACAAGGUGAUCAGAUCUGUUGAGAGGCCAAUUGCGAGCGGGAGGGUUUCUCCGGGGAAAGCAGUAGCGUUCUUGGGGGCACAAACGGCUUUAGGUAUGGGGAUUCUUGCGCAAUUGCCGGCUGAUUGUUGGUACCUCGGACUAGCGUCUUUGCCCAUUGUGUUCACGUAUCCUUUGUUCAAGAGGUUCACGUAUUACCCACAGGCGGCUCUUUCUGCGUGUUUCAACUGGGGGUCUCUAUUGGGAUUCCCAGCUAUGGGUAUCAUGGAUUGGUCGACAAUGGUUCCGUUGUAUGUUAGCACGUACUUGUGGUGUAUGAUAUAUGAUACGAUAUAUGCGCAUCAGGACAAGAAAUUCGACAUCAAGGCGGGUAUAAAGUCCACAGCCUUGGCGUGGGGCCAGAACACGAAGAAAGUGUGUACCUCUCUCGGUGUGGUUCAAAUGGGUGCGCUAGGAUUGGCUGGUUUGAACAGUGGGCUGUUAUUGGGGCCUGGGUUCCUUUGCGGGAUGGGUAUAUUUGCAUAUAGGUUGUUUGAUAUGAUCAAAAGGGUUGAUUUGGAUGACCCAGCCAAUUGCUGGAAGUGGUUCCAAAGCAACAUCAAGACGGGUAUGCUCUUCUCUGUUGCGUUGUUUUUCGAUUACGUGUUACAACUGUGCGGCUGGUUGUGA